UUAAUGGAAAACUACACUUACAACAGCGUAAUGCUCCAGCUGGAAGGGUUAAAUGUUUCAAAAGAAACUACAUACCCUCUUUUUCUUUUCUUCCUUUUCUCCUACCUGUUUAUAAUGGUUACAAAUGUUGGCAUUGCUAUUCUAGUUUUCUUUGACAAGAACCUCCACCAGCCCAUGUAUCUCCUGUUUUGCAACCUACCAUUUAAUGACCUACUUGGAAACUCUAUCCUAGUGCCUCGUUUGCUUAUAGACAUGUUGAGGCCUUCUUCUGAACGCCUCAUUAGCUACUAUGAGUGUGUGAUCCAAGCUUUUAUUGCACACAUGUUUGGUACCACUACUCACACUGUGCUCAUGAUUAUGGCCUUUGACAGAUAUGUUGCCAUUUGUAAUCCUCUGCAUUAUUCUGUCAUAAUGACCAACAAGAAGAUGAUCAAGCUGACAGUUUCUGCCUGGGGAGUGCCCUCUGUUUUGGUUGGGAUUCUGCUCGGUCUGACCAUACGGCUGAACCGAUGCAGGACUCUGAUCACAAAUCCCUAUUGUGACAAUGCCUCAAUUUUUAUGCUCUCCUGUGAGAGUGUGUUUAUUAAUAAUGUCUAUGGCUUCACUUUCACUGUAUUUCUGUUUACAGGUUCUAUAGGCAGCAUGGUUUUCACCUAUACUAAGAUUGCAUUAGUCUGUCUAACCAGUAAGAACAAGUCUUUAAACAGUAAAGCAUUGAAGACCUGCAGCACUCAUCUGGUUGUGUAUCUGAUCAUGGUGUUCAGUGGAAUGUCACUCAUUGUUCUGCAUCGCUUCCCUCAGUACUCAAACUACAGAAAACUCAGUAGCAUCUUGUUUCAUAUAAUCCCUGGCAGCCUGAACCCUAUUAUUUAUGGCGUGCAGUCCGCAGAAAUGCGGAAAUCUUUGGCAAAGAUGUUUGAGCCCAAGAAAAUUUUGCACACAAAGUAA